AUGGGGGACACCGGGAGUGAGGGCAGUAAGCCCCCGAGUAACGUCAAUGUCGUACCACCACGCUGUCCCUGCGGCUUUUGGGGGUCCAGCAAAACAAUGAACCUCUGCUCCAAAUGUUUUGCAGACAUCCAGAAGAAACAACCAGAUGGUGCCUCAAAAGCCUCUUCAAGCUCCAGCAGUAGCACUCAAGCAGACGUCUUUUGCAACGAAACAAACAAAAGCAUCACUCAGUCCUUCAUAGCCAUGUCAGACACCUCAGAAGAUCCUUUGCCAGGAGAUGCAGCAGCAACCCCUCUACCUGCUCAGGAAGAAGUAUGCAGCAUAGACACAGCCUUCGGCUCACUCUCCACUCCUACAAAACGCUCCUUUGAAUCAGCCUCUGAGUCAGAAAGUGACUGCUCUCCUGAGAAGCGAGUGAGAGUAGGUGAAGUGCCGGCGGCUGAGGAGUCAUCAUCGUUGUCGUCAUCAUCUUGUUCUGCGUCAUCAUCAUCAUCAUCAUCGGCGUCGUCUCGUGGCAGCUCCAAACAGCGGAGCCGCAAACGUUGCCACCGCUGUCAAACCAAACUGGAGCUGGUGCAGCAAGAGCUGGGCUCCUGUCGCUGUGGUUAUGUCUUUUGCAUGCUCCAUCGACUCCCAGAGCAACACGACUGUCUGUAUGAUCACCUGGGCAGCGGGCGCCAGGAGGCCGUCCUCAAAAUGGUCAAGUUGGACCGCAAGGUGGGCCGCUCUUGCCAGCGCAUUGGAGAGGAGUGCUCCUGA